AUGGCUUUGCCAAUAGGUCUUGACAAGUGGAUCAGGGCCCAGGAACCAAGGCUACCAAAGAUGAGAGAUGCGCCCGUCUUCUACCGCAACCUUGAAGAGACGCUAGACGCGCGACGAGCAGAAAACAACCUUAUCACGCUGAGAACUCGCAAGGAUAGUUAUGACUUCUUUUCCAACGACUUCCUUUCCUUGGAAGCAUCAGGCAUGCUGCGGGAAGCCUUUUUCGAAGAGCUAGCGCUGUACCCUGGAUUCAAACUGGGCAGUACGGGUUCGCGUCUGCUCGAUGGUAACAACGAUUACAUUGAAACCAUUGAGCAUGAGAUCGCCAAAGGGGAACGUUGCGUUAUUAUCUCCGUCGAGACAGUGUACAGUAUGGAUGGAGACAUUUGUUCACUGAAGGAAAUGGUCGAAAUUGCAAAGAGCUUCUUCCCCCGCGGCAAUGCCCAGUUCAUCGUUGAUGAAGCCCAUAGCACUGGUGUUAUCGGCGAAAAAGGCCGCGGGCUUGUUAGCCACCUCGGGCUCGAGAAUGAGAUUGCCAUUCGACUACACACUUUCUCCAAAGCACUCGUGUUCAGGAGGUAACGUAGUCCACGGUCCAAUUGCACACUUCGGCAGAUUUUCGUACGCUACCACUUUGACCUGCGGUUUUUCACCACAUAACUAUGGUUGGUUCUUGGAAUGAAAGUGAUAUGAUUCUAGCAUUACAUGCGCUUCAAUCUGAUCCAAAAUUAAGUGUACGUCGCGCUGGUCAGAUCUAUAACGUACCUUUUAGAACCCUUGCGUAUCGACGCGACGGUAAAAC